ACCAGAAGCUCCGAAGCUCAAAAAUGGCGGCCAAGAACCAUUUCAGCUUUCUUUUUCUUCUCCUCUUGCAGUUGCAGCUCUUCUAUUCAGGAAGGAGCGAUCUGCAAUUAAAUUAUUACGCAAAAAGCUGCCCAAAAGCUGAAGAAAUUAUAAAACAGCAAGUUAUGGAUCUCUACUACGAACAUGGAAACACCGCCGUUUCAUGGCUCAGAAACCUCUUCCACGACUGCGUUGUCAAGGCUUGCGAUGCGUCUUUGCUUUUGGAGACGGUCGUUGGUGUGGAAUCGGAGAAGGAAUCCGAAAGGAGUUUUGGGAUGAGAAAUUUCAAAUACGUAAACAAGAUCAAAGCAGCUGUCGAAAAAGAAUGUGCUCUUACUGUUUCUUGUGCCGAUAUCGUCGCUCUCUCCGCUAGAGACGGCAUUGUCAUGUUGAAAGGACCUCAUAUAGAGAUGAAAACUGGGAGAAGAGAUAGUAAAGUGAGCUAUUCACAACUUGUCGAAGAGUUGAUCCCAAGGCACAACGAUUCCAUUAUAAACGUUCUCUCGCGCUUUCAAUCUAUUGGCAUUGAUACCGAAGCAACUGUCGCUCUAUUAGGGGCUCACUCAGUUGGUAGAGUUCAUUGUGUGAACUUGGUUGAAAGGCUAUAUCCAACCGUUGAUCCAACCAUUGAUCCUGAAUACGCAAAAUACUUAAAAGGUCGAUGCCCAACGCCAACCCCUGACCCGAAUGCAGUGUUGUAUUCAAGAAACGAUCGGGAGACUCCAAUGAUUCUUGACAACAUGUACUAUAGUAAUAUACUAAAACACAAGGGCUUGCUCUUGGUGGACCAGCAAUUGGUUUCUAACCCUCUCACUCUUCCAUAUGUCAAGAAGUUUGCGGCUGAUAACGACUAUUUCCAUGCCCAAUUCUCUAGGGGUAUUCUUUUAUUGUCGGAGAAUAGUCCGCUCACCGGAGAUGAAGGAGAGAUUAGAAAAGAUUGUCGUUACAUUAAUUAAUGGCAAUCCUGUUUGGCCCAGUUAAUAAGAUUGAGUUUGUUUAAAAUAACCAUUAAGGGGUUCUAAUCCCUUCAUCAAAAGAUGAAUAAUGUUUGGGGAAUUGUAAAAAUAUGAUGGUUGGGUUGCUUAUUUUACUAUGAUGGUGUGUAAUUCUCUUUAAUAACAAGCAUUGAUGAGUCUAUUGUGAUGUAA